CGAGGCCAAAAUUUUUUUUAACUUUGCUGCUUACUGUCUUCUUCGAAGGAAAAAAAAAUUAGCCGCCGUUGCCUGAUUCCCGUCGCCUGAUUCCAUCACCGAGGCGACGGAGCUGUUAGGGUUUAUCGAGCAGUUGGGAAGCGUUCUUUGAUAUCUAUUCGUCGAUCUUCCAUUUGCUGUUGCUGCGUCUCUUUUCUACAUCUGAAGAUGGGAAGCAGUCCAGCUCCAUUUCCAGAGAUUGGCAAGAGCGCCAAAGAUCUCUUGAACAAGGAUUAUAUUUUCGACCAGAAGUUUACUCUGACAAUGCUGAGUGCCACAGGAACGCAGGAAUUUGUGGCUACAGGUUUGAAGAAGGAUGAUUUCUUUUUCGGCGACAUUAGCACACUGUAUAAAGGUCAAAACACCAUUGUUGAUAUGAAAAUCGACAGCCACACGAGUGUGUCGACGAAAGUAACCGUCAAAAACAUCAUGCCUUCUGCUAAAGCUGUUAUCAGCUUCAAAAUACCUGAUCACAAGUCUGGCAAGUUGGAUGUGCACUAUGUUCAUCCUCAUGCUACGCUCAAUACCAGCAUUGGCCUAAACCCAACUCCUCUGCUAGAUCUUUCAGCAACUAUCGGAAGCCAGGCUGUUUGCCUUGGUGGUGAAGUUGGUUUCGACACAGCUUCCUCGUCACUAACCAAGUACAACGCAGGAAUCGGUUUCAACAAGCCAAACUUCUCAGCCGCGCUCAUACUGGAGGAUAAAGGGGAGAGUCUGAGAGCUACUUACGUCCACACGGUGAACCCAACCAUAUCCGUUGGUGCAGAGCUGAUCCGUCGCUUCUCGAAUGAUAACAACAGUUUCACAAUCGGAAGCUCUCACUCUGUGGAUAGAUUCACAACGGUGAAGACGAGAUUAUCUACGAGCGGGAAAGCAGGGAUGGUAGCACAGAGAGAAUGGAGACCGAAGUCGCUCAUAACUUUCUCAGCUGAGUAUGACUCAAAGGCUGUGGCCUCUUCACCGAGGUUUGGUCUAGCUCUAGUCCUCAAACCUUAAAAGAAGAAAGAGCUCUCUCUGUUUGGAACACAAAUUUAAAAAGAUGAUUCGAUUUUUUCUUCUUUCACCAAGUGCUGAAAACCGCCCCCCAAACGAAGGUUUGUAGGGUUAAUUAGAUCACUUUUGCAUUCUUAUUCUGUGUUUCAUUGUGAUGUGAAAGAAAAGGGAGUGAGAAAACCCGACCUUUUUUGAAAUGGAAACUUGUUUUUUUUGUUUCUUUCGA